UUCUAAUAGAAAGUUUUAAAAAGAUUUCACUCAGGGGAACUCAGUACUUUACCUUUUGGUUAAAUUCUCACUUAGAUUUAAAUUACUAAACUUUUCUUAGGAAAUUAAGCUUCUUUUGAUCUUCUGUCUUCUGAAUUGCAGAUAUCAGAUAAAAACUCCUGGUAAAAUGACUGAAAAACCUAUUAAAAAGAUUGCUAUCUUUGGAGGAACUCACGGGAAUGAGCUAACAGGAGUAUCUCUAGUUAAACACUGGCUACAGGAUGGCACUGAAAUUCAGAGAACAGGACUGGAAGUAAAACCAUUUAUCACCAACCCAAGAGCAGUGAAGAAGUGUAUGAGAUAUAUUGACUGCGACCUGAAUCGUGUUUUUGACCUUGAAAAUCUUGGCAAGAAGAUAUCAGAAGAUCUACCAUACGAAGUGAGAAGGGCUCAAGAAAUAAAUCAUUUAUUUGGUCCAAAAGAUAGCAAAGGGUCCUAUGACAUCAUUUUUGACCUUCACAAUACUACUUCUAACAUGGGGUGCACUCUUAUUCUUGAAGAUUCCAAGAAUGACUUUUUAAUUCAGAUGUUUCAUUAUAUUAAGACUUAUUUGGCUCCAUUGCCCUGCUAUGUUUAUCUUAUUGAGCAUCCUUCCCACAAAUACGCAACCACUCGUUCUAUAGCCAGGUAUCCUGUAGGAAUAGAAGUGGGCCCCCAACCCCAAGGUGUUCUGAGAGCUGAUAUUUUGGAUCAAAUGAGAAAAAUGAUUAAACAUGCUCUUGAUUUCAUAUAUCAUUUCAAUGAAGGAAAAGAAUUUCCUCCCUGCACUAUUGAGGCCUAUAAAAUAAUGGAGAAAGUUGAUUUUCCCAGGAAUGAAAAUGGAGAAAUUAUUGCUAUUAUUCAUCCUAAUCUGCAGGAUCAAGACUGGAAACCAUUAUACCCUGGGGACCCUGUGUUUGUGACUCUUGAUGGAAAGACUAUUCCGUUGGGUGGAGACUGCACCGUGUACCCAGUGUUUGUGAACGAAGCCGCAUAUUAUGAAAAGAAAGAAGCUUUUGCCAAGACAACUAAGCUAACACUCAGUGCGAAAAGCAUUCACUCCUCUUUCCACUAGAAAUUGUUGCUAGUGCAACAGUGAUUGUAACGUAUCUUGGAAAGCUCUACGAGUCUGUACCUCCACCACCGUGCCUGACUCAGUAGGCAUCGAGAGAGUUUCUUUACAGAGGGAAUAAAUGAAUGAAUCUCCUUUAAAUGUAUUGUACUGUAUGGAUGUAGUUUAUUCAGAAAAUGUGCUUCCUGUUUCUAUAUAGCUUUUGUACAUGACAAUUUGGUAGUUUAACAUUCUAAAUAGAUUUUACACUCAUAUGUAUUACAUGCAAUAUAAUAUAUAUCUAUAACAUACAAAGUUAUUGACCUGGCAUAAAAUGAAAUGUACCUUUUCAAAUAACAUAAAUGCAGUUAAAAGCUAAUGGUAUACACUUCUUAUCUUUUUAUGUUUCAUAUUUGAAUUAGUGACAAUAUUAAAUAACUAUUAAUUUUAGCAAUAGUUGUGAUAUCUGUAGGAGAUUUUUAAGUGCUCUUUUGCAGGCAAAAUGUGAAAAAGAAAUGAGGGGAGGUUGUAAAGUUGGUGUAUGAAAACAUCCAGGAACUCUGAUGUCUCACGCAGCCCUUGAAAAGCUAACUGUUCUUCUCAACAUGGACAAUUUGGAAGACGCAAACUGCUUGCAGCUGUCACUUCUCAUUUUGAAAGAACAUCCCUGCCUCCUGUGAUUCUUGUCCUUAGAGGACCUCUGGCUCAACACUGCCUGCUCCUUCUCCAACCUCCCCAGCUCUCCUCCCUCCUCUCUCAGGCCACAGCCAUUAAAUAAGAAGCACUCUUAUCCCACAGUCUGGACCCCACGACCUGGGCCCCAAGGAAAUCAUGUUUAUGGCUUCAAAUGUAUUUAUCAAAAAUGCUAACAUUACCUGGAACUCUCACAUACAAACAUUCUCAUUCUUCUAGAGCAAACUGCAUUAAAUCAAUUUCACUCCAUUUUUAGUGGGUUUUUUUUUCAUUUUUAGUGUUUCAUAGGACACAAGUGAGCACUUUCUAAUUUCUUUAGCAUUUAUAGUAUACUCUAUAUUUAUUAGAAUAAACUUUUCCUUCUAAACAUUAUAAUAAAAAUCUGAUUUAUCAGUCAGCUUUCCUAUAUGUUUUACUACACUCCCUUGUCUCAUGAUGAAGAUCCAUUUUAUUUUCAGAGUCCAGCUUCCCUGAGUCAGCUUUUCCAAAUGUAA